CUGAAUGCUAACAAUAGAGCGAUCUCAGGACAAAGAGCCCGAUACUUUAGUGGAUCAGAAAUAAUUGGAACGAAAAACAGCGAGCACUACUCGUGUGAAGGCUAUGGAAUAAUAGGGAUUCCUAGGUAUUCAUAUUGAACUCGACAAGGCAUUCUGCACGCCGUAAGAAACUGACAUUGAAUCAUGACGUCCAGUAUCGCCCAACCCAACAACACUCUUUACGUCUCAAAUAUUGAUUGGAAGGUUAAAAAACCUUUGUUGCGUCGAGCACUAUACUCGUUGAUGACACGGCAUGGGAAGGUAAGUCGCUCGUUUCCUUCUCAAUAGAGAUAUUAUUUAAGAUCUUUCACAUAGUUAACGACAACGAUUAUUUCAAAUAGAAUGCAUGGUCUCAACUGCCAAGUUACUGCUCAUUCUUACUAUUCGUCUUGCCGGGAUUUCACAAUGCCGCCACAACAUCUGCACGAUUCCGUAUCAAAUAGGUCUUGGACAUUAUUGCGCUGAGAAAGGACGGCCUCCGGGGACAGGCGUUUGUAGUUUUCGAUGACGUUCAAGCGGCGACGGCUGCGCUACAAACGGAACAGGGAUUCACCUUUUUUGGGAAAGACCUCAAGCUGGCUUUUGCAAAAGAAAAAUCCGAUCGAAUCGCAAAAAGAGAUGGAACUUACGUUCCCCGAGCGAAGAGGAGAAAGAGGGAAGUGAAUUCCGCUGCUGACGGUGGGGAAGAAUUGACGGAAGCGGCAGGGAAGAACACAGAGCAGGCCAAUCUAGAUUCUGCUGGGGCACCACCACCACCUUCGUCCGGUGCUCCUACAGCAAAAGUAGCUACUACUAGUGCAACACAACAACAGCCGACUCAUAUCCUCUUUGCUGAAAACUUGCCCUCGGAAUGCAAUGAGAUGAUGCUGGCUAUGUUAUUUCGACAGGUAAGAUUGAGUUAUGAGACGAUCUGGGGUUCCAAUGGUUGGACCGUUUAGUUGAACGUUUGAUUUUUGAAGUACGUGGGUGUGGUAUAUACGUAUGAUUGCUUCGCCUAUGACUCUAAUGCUCACAAAAAUGCUGUAAUUCAUUAUUCGUUAACGCGUGACUUGUAUCAGUAUUCUGGCUUCAAGGAAGUCCGGAUCCCUCGUCCAGGUUUGGCAUUUAUUGAAUUUGAUACAGAACCUCAUGCAACACUAGCAUUGGAACGAUUGAACGGCUUCAAAUUGACCACCGCAGACGCCCUAACACUUACAUACGGGAAGGCAUAGUAAAAUUUCACGGAGGAUGAAAUACUGUACCUUCAGCACUGUUUUGCACCCAGACUUUAUAGCAUAUUUACUACACGAAGAAGCGAAAUAGUUUUAUUGCAAGGACUAGUCGCUGAGGGAGUCAAAUCCCGUUCACUUUUUGUAAAAAUUUGAUGCCAAUUAUUCUGCUACAAGGUAAUGCUUUCAUAAUUUUAGAUCCAGAUACGUCUAUGUCUUCUCAAUGAGCAAAAAGACUUGAGCUGGUAUAUUUCUACGUGACAACAUUUUUAUCCAGCGUUGUCCACAAAUAAUUUUGCUUUGCAGUUGAAAAAGAACAUCUAGUGGCCACACAAUAAUAUAAAUCAUAUGAA